AUGAUUACUAAGGAUUUAAUUGGUGUAGGAGGAUGCACGAGGACAUGUAACGGUCAUAGUAAAAAUAGUGCAUCACAUACGUAUGAGAAGAUUUUUUAUUUCAGAAGAACAUCUAGUGGAUUGAGUCUUCAGAGUGAAGGUCAGGGUUAUGAUAAUGAUGCCUCUUCCGAUACCGAAACUGAAGAUGUUGCAGGAGAGGAAGCAGGUGUCAUAACUCGCAAAAUUAAAAAUAAACAUGAACGAGGAACACGAGAACUCCCAAAAUCAAUCUUGUCUGAAUCAACGGGCAUCUACGAAUUGGGAAAAAAUGAUGACAGCUUUUCAUCCAGUGUUCCAGGUACCCCUGAUCUCUCUCAUGACAGAUACAUUGGAGAAGGAAACUACAUGAUAGUGCCCCAGAAGAGGAAAAGGAGAAAGUAUAUUCCAGAAAAACCCGACUACAGUUUAAAUCUUUGGUCUAUAAUGAAGAGUUGUAUUGGCAAAGAACUAACAAAAAUUCCAAUGCCUGUAAACUUCAACGAACCAUUAUCCACUUUACAAAGGCUGACCGAAGAAUAUGAAUAUUCAGAUCUGUUAGAUAAAGCUGCAAAGUGCGACGACAGUUGCGAGCAGAUGACUUACGUAGCCGCUUACACCGUUUCUGCCUACGCCACCACGAGUAACCGGACCGGAAAACCUUUCAAUCCCCUUUUGGGCGAGACGUACGAAUGCGAUCGUACCGACGAUUACGGAUGGAGGUGUUUGUCCGAACAGGUCAGUCAUCAUCCGCCCAUGCUGGCACAAUGCUGCGAAGGGAGAGGUUGGACGUGUUGGCAAGAGUUUUCCAUGUCUAGUAAAUUUCGAGGAAAAUACCUUCAAGUGAUACCGCUGGGAAUGGCUCAUCUAGAAUUCGUCAAGUCCGGUUAUCAUUAUACUUGGCGUAAAGUGACGACGACGGUGCACAACAUCAUCGUGGGAAAACUCUGGGUCGAUCACCACGGCGAAAUGGAUAUAAUCAAUCACGUGACGGGAGACAAAUGCCAUCUCCGUUUCAUUCCUUACAGUUACUUUUCCAGAGAAACUCCACGAAAAGUUACAGGCGUGGUUACGGACAAAGACGGAGUGGCCCAAUGGGUGUUGCAGGGGACCUGGGACAACAAGAUAGAAGCCGCCAGGGUCAUCGGCAGUCCCGGUUCGGUCAAAGGAAAGCCUCUGUUAGAAACUGCCACGCCCAAAGUCCUGUGGAGAAGAAUCCUACCGGGGCCAGAAUACGAGAAGAUGUAUAAUUUCACGGUAUUGGCUUGCCAGUUGAACGAGAUGGAGGAAGGCGUGGCUCCGACCGACAGUCGAAGGCGGCCCGAUCAACAGCUGAUGGAACAGGGACAGUGGGACGAGGCCAAUCGCAUCAAAGUGCUGCUGGAAGAGAAACAGAGAUCGGUCAGACGUCGGCGAGAACAGGAAGCGGAAGAGGCGGCGUCCGAAGGUCGUCCGUACGUAGGCUACGAACCGGUGUGGUUCAAGAAACAAAAAGACCCAGUCACCGGCAAUCCCAUUCACAUCUUUACAAAUCAAUACUGGGAAUGUAAAGCGAAACAGGAUUGGAGCAUUUGUCCCGAUAUAUACUUGUGAUCGUUAUCCUACUAAAGACUGCUAUUAAAAAAUAAAGACUUUAAAAUAAAAAAAAAAUUAAACUAGAAG